AAAUGUAUAUGCGUAAUUGGGGUACGUUUUGUGCCGAAAGAUAGCAGUAGAAGACCAUAAGUGCACAUGUCAAUGCGCUUUAAGCUAUCGAAAAAAAUCAUCUCCAAGAGAGGAUUCAGUAACUCCUCUGGUGUGAAUUGUGAGGUUGUGCGGAGAAGAGCGCUGCAGGAUCUUUCAGUGUAAUAUCCAGGAUUUGGGUUCAUUUCGGAUUUCCAGACCGCCGUUCUACAUUGACAGAGAGUGCUGUGGUUCCUACGGUCGUUGUUGGGAGUGAGGGAAGCGCCCGUGGCGGUGACGUCCGCAGUGAAAUCUAGUGGCCAGUGUUGUGCACGGUGUUACUUGUGUCAUUGCAGUGUUUCUCUUACCAAAAUGUGGGUGGUGUAAACCGAGGGUGGCAGGUGCCGCGGGCGGUGCCAUGGGUGGCAGGUAGCACCGCGGCGCGGGUGUGUCGCGGGAGUGGGUGGGCGUAAUGGCCCCCGCCCUUACUCAAGCGUCGGACCCGCAGACGUUUCACGUGACUGCCCACCACCACUCUCCUGCUCGCCCUGGCGAGGCUCCGUCUAGCCGCAGUAGCCCUCCGCCCACCGCCCACCUUGCGCUGCAGUAUGGUGGGCUGAAGGAGCCUCACGACUGCACGGACGCCCACCUCGCCGCAGCCCUUACGAACGGCACGCGUCGCGCCCGCCUUCUGCCGCCCUCGCCUGUAGGCGCGGGUGGGUUGGCGUGCGGGCGGGAGGGCUGUGACCCUCCGCCACGCCCCCACGCCGCCCACACUACCAUGGACCCACCAUCGGGCGCAACGGCCCCCACUGAAGAUACGAGUCAACCCCCCAAUUGCUGCGACAGCAACGCCAUGGGUCAGGACACGGGGCAGCAGGGCGCCCCUGGCCAGCCGGCGCCCCACGCCGCCGACCACAAGGCCCCGCGCCCGCCGCCCCAGGACGGCGACCUCCUGGCGCUCAUCGGGCGGGACUUCGCCAACAUGAACGAGAUCAUCGACACGCUGACCCGGCUGGCGGACAACCCCGAGGUGCUGGCGGCGGUGGAUACGGCCGCCCUCGACCUGCACGGCCAGUGCGAGGGCGUGGCGCACCAGGCGCUCGACCCGCAGGCCCAGGUCCGCCAGGUCACCAAGGAGGAACGGGCGCACCUCCUCGUGGACGAGCUGGACCGCCGCCACCUGCAGAUAGAGCGGCGGCAGAUUCGCCUCCUUCGCCGCCUGCGACGGGUCACGGCCCGCGGCCUGGGCGCCUCCGUGUCCGGCCAACUCCGCGAGUUGCUGGACCACGCCCAUGGCGCUCUCGCCAAGCAACGAGAACACACGAGCGCCUCCGAGGACGGACCCGCUCCGACCAGCACCCCGGAGGUCGGGGUGGAGGCGCUCCGAGCCGACGCCAUGCGCACUAUGUCUACCUCAGCCUUGGUCAACCUGGUGAGACGCGUUGAAGCUUCCCAAGGGCUGGCCAGGCUUGCGGCUGCCUCCCACCGGCCCCCUCGCAGCCGCCCGCCGACGCCCGCGCCGGCGCUGCCGGAGCACACGCGCGCUGAAGUUGCGGCGGUCAGCGCGGAAGUGGAGGCUGCUGCCCAUGCCCAUACCCACCACGACUCUGACGCUACAGAGUCGUCCUCCGGAGGAGAGUCGUGCGAUGAAGGAGACGGAUACAACGACACAAAUACCCAUCACGUCCCUGUGUGAGUAGACCCUCUUGUUCAGCAAAACCCUUUCAGCUACGUAGGAAACAGACGCAACAUUUCUCCUGAUUUGAAUGCUUCUUUUUAUCAGACUUUUUAUUGUCAAUUGAAGUCGGGGAUUUAAAAUGAGCAACGACAGAGGAAAGUGAGAUCUGUCAAGAACCAAUUACAGGAUCACUUACUCUAACGAGGCCAUUGUUUGACACACGAUUCCAAGCUUUUACCUUUGCAAAUGAAGGGAAUUCAAAUUUGUUUCGUAAUCUUCCAAAAAAAGAAAAAACUUUUAUUUGAUUUAUCUCUAAAAACUUUGUAAGUUGGUAGGCGCCAUUCGUCGUAGUCUAGGCAUUAUAGUUCUACAACCAGAGGUCUAAGAUUAACUUUUUGCAUUGCGGAAGACCUAAGGGACAUCGUUAAAAGACUGAAAUGACUUCUGUCCCUCCAGGCGAAACUUGACUCGUAUUAAAGGGAAGGGAACACAAGGUGCUACACUUUGAAGUGACUUCUCUCGCUCUUCCACUCGGAGGAAACCUCUCUCGGGUGGCUCGAGUGGACUCGUUUCAGGACAAGUUGUUAUAAAGGUCUGGUCUUAUUGACUGCUGUCCUUCUUUUCUUCAAUGUCGUUUGAUGAGUGGAAUUGAUAGGGUAGGACUCCCUUUCCUGAGCGAUUUCCUAUUCGCAGUGUAGAAAGCGAGAGCGUUCUCGUUCCCUCAUCGAGUGUAUUUGUGUAAGCAGCAGCUGAGUGCAAGCAGAGGGUGUCCGUGUGCAGCGGUGCCGGUGCGUGGUGUCCCCGGGCAGUUGAGGGGCAGCGAUCAAAACGUUGAUAGCCAACACCACAUCAACGUCGCUCGGCGCGGCCAGCUCACGCGGGAAGGAACUGUGGUCAAAAACGUCAUUGUC